GGCGGAGCCUGUCAAGCCGGUGUGUUGAGUUGCGACAUACGCCAUUUUGCAGUGACAGCGGUGCGCUGAAGCAGUGGACUCAGAAAGCUCGAGAAGUCCGGUUUAGAGUUAAAAGCAUGGGGAAUGUCUUUGCUAACCUGUUCAAAGGUUUGUUUGGGAAGAAGGAGAUGAGAAUUCUCAUGGUUGGUCUUGAUGCCGCCGGUAAAACCACCAUUCUGUACAAACUCAAACUGGGAGAAAUAGUUACCACUAUUCCUACUAUCGGUUUUAACGUAGAGACGGUAGAAUAUAAGAAUAUCAGUUUCACGGUUUGGGAUGUUGGUGGCCAAGACAAAAUCAGACCGCUUUGGAGACACUACUUCCAGAACACUCAAGGCCUGAUCUUUGUAGUUGAUAGUAACGACAGGGAACGAGUUAACGAAGCCAGGGAGGAGUUGACAAGAAUGUUAGCAGAAGACGAGUUGCGUGACGCUGUCCUUCUCGUUUUUGCAAACAAACAGGACCUGCCCAAUGCCAUGAAUGCAGCUGAGAUUACAGACAAACUGGGCCUCCACGCCCUCCGUCAUCGUAACUGGUACAUCCAGGCCACCUGUGCUACCAGUGGAGACGGACUCUACGAGGGGCUGGACUGGCUCUCCAAUCAGUUGAAAAAUCAGAAAUGAGCUAGUCUACAGUCUCCAAAUUUAUGUGUGUAUGUUUGUUGUAUGAAUGGAUUGAUGUGUGUGUUUGAGCGAGUGAGGCACACACAGCUACAGUACUGACCCAGACUAUGACUUAACUCAGUACUCCUCUGUCGCCCCCCUUUCUUUUAGGUUUGGGCAUUGCUGACUCAGACUGUGUUUGUGUGCGUCAUACAAGUGCAUAGUAAAGCGUUUAUCUUUAGUAUGCACGUUAGCAAGAAUGUAUUGUAUUCAUGUGUGCAUGAAGGCUUCUCUGUGUGUUUGCUUGGUAUGGGAAUGACCCUGGCGUGCCUUUUAUACACACAUCUCUUCUCGUUCCACCGCACAAACUGUUUUAUGACUAGGUCCAUACUGCACCGUGGUUUUUACUUGGCAAAGAUAGAACCACAUUCUCAACUUUGAACUGUUCUCUGCAAUAACCCAAACUUCUCCUACACCAGUGUUUCGGGCAUGCUGAAUACAUGACCCAUACACUUUCACAAUGUUUUAAAGGGAUAGUUCACCCAAAAAAUGAAAAUGAUUUCAUUCUUUACUCACCAUCAUAUCAUUUCAAACUGGUAUGACUUCCGUGGUGCAUGAAAGGGAGACAUCUCGGUCCCCUUUCACUUUGCAUCUUUUUUCCAUACAAUGAAAGUGAAUGGUGACUGAGGCUGUCAUUCAGCUUAAUUCCUCGAUUUGUCUUCCAGGUAGGAAGUUGUAUUGGUUUGGAACAACAUAAGGGUGAGAAAUUAUGACAAAUUUUUCAUAUUUGGGUGAACUAUCCUUUUUAAAUUGACAUAACCUGCCCUGUGUCUUUAAGAGAAAAAAAAAAGCAUUGUAACCUGUAUCAGGUCAGGAUCAAUUUGUUUAGAUUCCCCCAACCACCACCUUUUGAGUCAUUUGGAAAUUGUGCUGUUUUAUUUUUGGCUUCUCAGAUCUGUGUUUGAAUUUGUGAAUGUGUCCGAAUGUUUGUAGUGGAGUUAUGGGCAGAUCUUUGGUUUCCUGUUGUACACUACCUGUUUCUAGCCGCCACACAGACCCCAAGCACAAUCACCGACUGCUGAACAUUCCCCCCACCAAACUGUUGGAUAUGAUUUGAAUUAAAAACGUCAAAUAUUA